AGAGAGGGAGAGAGAUGAAAAUCCCUGAUCGGGUGAUACCCGUUGGUGCAGCGGCGGUGAGAAGACUAUGUACGGCGUCGGUGGCGUCGGCGGCGGAGACGAGCAAACCCGCGGAAGAACCCUCGAGUUCUCUCUACCGAAGAUUGUCAGCGCUGGGUGCUACAGGGGGUAGUGUGUCCAUGACGGUCAACCAAUAUCUGAGGGAGGGAAAAUCAGUCAAGAAGUACGAGCUCGAAUCUUGCGUUAGGGAACUUCGCAAGUACCGUAGGUUUCACCACGCCCUUGAUCUAAUAGAGUGGAUGGAGAAGCGUGGUAUUAACUUGUCUCAUAGUGAUUAUGCUGUCCAUAUUGAUCUUCUAUCAAAGGUGAAGGGGAUAGCUUCGGCAGAGAAUUACUUCAACAACCUCUUACCUCCUGCUAAGAACCAUUUAACUUAUGGAGCUCUCUUGAAUUGUUAUUGCAAGUCAAAAAUGACAGAGGAGGCACUGGCUCUCUUUGAGAAGAUGAGUGAAUUGAACUUCGCUUCAACUUCUUUAAAUUAUAAUAACAUAAUAUCCUUGCACAUGAGGCUGGGCAAGCCUGAGAAGGCCAUUCUUCUUGUGCAGGAAAUGAAGGAGAAGAACAUUCAACUGGAUACAUUUACAUAUAAUAUUUUGAUGCAGAGUUAUGCUUCUUUAAAGGAUAUUGAAGGAGUGCAGAGAGUUCUGGUGGAGAUAGAAACAGAAGGUGGCGAUAAGUGUGAUUGGAGUACAUACAGUAAUCUGGCUAACAUAUAUGUUGAGGCUGGCCUUUUCGAGAAGGCUGAAUUGGCUCUCAAGGAGGUUGAGAAAAAAAUGAAACCUCGUGAUCUCAUGGCUUACCAUUUUCUGAUCAGCUUGUAUGCAGCUACAUCUAAUUUGGCGGAGAUUAAGAGGGUUUGGUGUUCUUUCAAAUCAGCUUUUUCAAAGACCAAUAACAUGACCUAUCUUGUCAUGCUUCAGGCUCUUUCUAGACUUGAUGAUUUUGAUGGCCUUAAGAAAUACUUUGAGGAAUGGGAGGCUGGUUGCUCAAUCUAUGAUAUGAGGUUAGCAAAUGUUAUGGUAAGUGCUUACCUUAGAAGAGACAUGGUCAAAGAAGCUGAAUUGAUUUGUCAGGGUGCCAUUGAUAGAGGUUCAGCACCCAACUUUAGAACAUUGGAAUUGUUCAUGGAUUUCUUCUUGAAGGUUCGUCAGAUAGAUUUGGCUCUGAGGUAUAUGGAAGCUGCUGUGUCUAAAGUGAAGGAGAAUGAGUGGCUACCAAGACGAGAAAGGGUGAGUAAUUUCUUGGAGUAUUUUGAGAAAGAAAGGGAUGUUGAUGGCGCGGAGGAGUUCUGUAGGUUGUUGAAAAAGGUCAAUUGUCUAGAUUCGGUAGCCUACCAUUUACUGCUUCGUGUCUAUGUAGCUGCUGGGAAAAGCGAGCCUGAGAUGCAUCGAAGGAUUGAAGCUGAUGAGAUUAAGAUGAGCUCUGAGAUUGAGCAUCUGCUUGAGACUAUUUGCCCAGAAUAGAAUUUAAGAGCAGUGAAGGAUGGUUUUUUUAUUUUUUUGAUAAAAG